AUGGUGCUGUGUUCCUCAGCAACCCCAGCACCCUUGUCCCUCUACGAAGACUACGAUCGACUCAGGCCGCUGAGCUACCCACAAACAGAUGUGUUCGUGCUUUGCUUCAGUAUUGUUUCACCAGUUUCGUUUGACAAUGUGGCCACAAAAUGGAUACCAGAGAUACGCCAGCAUUGUCCGGAUGCACCGAUUCUUCUUGUUGGAACAAAGUUGGAUUUGCGAGAUGAGGCGAAUCCUCGCACAGGUUCGACCGAGGACAGACCGCCGAUAACGAAGAGUCAAGGGCAGAAAUGUGCACAGAAGAUCAAGGCGGUUAAAUACCUCGAAUGUUCAGCUCUCACGCAACAGGGAUUGAAGCAGGUAUUCGAGGACGCCGUCCGCGCAGUUAUUAAUCCGAAACCGCUAAAGCAGAAAAAAUCGUGCAUAAUAAUUUGA